UAUCAUCCCCAYCCAUCUUUGAGUGGAGGAUCUGGUUUCCACUCGGCUGAUUUUUGGCGUUGCAUCAGAGAAGAAGAGGGAGAGGGAGGAGGAAGAGGAGAGAGCUGUAGAGGAUACGGAGGAUCAGAUGGAGUCUGAAGAGAAUCUGCUCAAUGUUUUUCUGCUGCUGCUGCUGAUCGGUUAUAACUUCACUCUGGUUGGUCCUUCAACCCCUGAGGAAGGCUGGCAGGUGUACAGUUCAGCUCAGGACUCUGAAGGUCGAUGUGUUUGUACAGUUGUUGCACCUCAGCAGACAGUUUGUUCCAGAGAUGCUCGAACCAAACAGCUGCGACAGCUGCUGGAGAAGUCUAUCAAAGCAAAAAUGGAAGAGUUACGUCCUCUUAUUCCGGUUCUGGAGGCUUACAAGGCAGAUGCUCUGCUGGUCCAACAAUUUAAAGAGGAAGCAACAAAUGUUACAGAGUUAUUGGGAUCUUUGCAAGAACAACUGGGAGGACUGGACUACCAGGAGCUCCACAGUCGUGUGAUGAAUCUGGAGAACCGUCUGCGGGCCUGCAUGCAAAGGCUUGCUUGUGGGAAACUGACAGGAAUUUCAGAACCAACCACUAUUAAGACAUCUGGGUCCAGAUUUGGUUCAUGGAUGACUGAUCCACUGGCUCCAGCUGGAGAUAACAGAGUAUGGUACAUGGAUGGUUAUCACAAUAACCGCUUUGUUAGGGAGUACCAGUCCAUGAAUGACUUCAUGACAACAGAUAACUUCACAUCUCAUCGCCUACCUCACCCAUGGUCUGGUACUGGUCAAGUCAUUUAUAAUGGAUCUAUUUAUUUUAACAAGUUCCAGAGUCAUACCAUCAUCAAAUUUGACUUCAGCACAUCCCUCAUCAGUCGCGCCCAACAGCUUGACUUUGCUGGUUACAACAACAUGUACCAUUACUCAUGGGGUGGGCACUCAGACAUUGACCUCAUGGUGGAUGAAGGAGGACUCUGGGCUGUCUAUGCUACUAACCAAAAUGCUGGUAACAUUGUACUCAGUAAAUUAAAUCCAAACACUCUACAGAUCAUUCGCAGCUGGACUACCAACCAUCCAAAGCGCAGUGCUGGUGAGUCCUUCAUGAUUUGUGGAACUUUAUAUGUCACCAACGGCUACUCAGGAGGAACUAAAGUGUACUAUGCUUACUCUACCAACUCCUCCACCUAUGAAUACAUUGAUAUUCCUCUGACAAAUAAAUACAGUCAUCUCUCCAUGCUUGAUUACAACCCAAGAGACAGAGCACUCUAUGCCUGGAAUAAUGGCCACCAAGUCCUUUAUAAUGUAACACUUUAUCACAUAAUACAAUAGAUGUCACUAUAUUAUAAUGUCUCUGAAACAGGGCGAUUCAACUUGUGACAUCAGUGAGUGCCAACAAGUUCUUAAAAGACAUACUUUUUUACUUAAUUUAGUAUAAAAUAAAUUUUAAAUCGGUUUAAAAAGUAUGAUUCAAUGCAGUAAAAAGUAGAAAUCAUAUACCUUUUACAUAUUAGUGUUUCCCUACCAUUGUUGGGCAACACCACACUCACCCCAGUUGUCUGGCCCCUAAGCUGUUGGCUUUGAGUAAUGGUGGCUCCCUGACRAAUUUAGUUGAAUAGCCUUGCUCUAUAAUAUCAGUCUAAUGUGUGAUAUGAUCUCAUAAAACUGUUAUAUCUGAUAAAUCCUUACUCACAUUUCACUUGUAGAAACUAGUAGAAUAAAUUAUCAGUAAUUUCUGUGUUGUCAAGGCAAAGAAAUGUAUUAAGCAAAAAUAUUUCAACUGUUAGAAACAGACCUUCCAACUUAAAGUGGUUUGAGAGCACUUAAACAUUUUAACAUUGACAAUUCUGAAUAUUAUUGACAUUUAAAGAUACUAUCAUGAAACUGCUGUUUUAAUUUCAUUUAAUGUGUUCCAACAGGUGAUACUGUCCUAGUGAACAUAAAAAAUGAAAUUUGAAUCACUAAAGCAAAGGAAGUUGUUUUCACUUCUGCUGGCAGCUAAACUUGCUCAACGCUAGCAGUAUUACUGUAGUAUUAGGUCAUUUUCUGACCUCCAGUACUGACAUGUUAAAGCACUAGACUGUUAAUUAUUGGCAGCUCUACACUUUUUAAUUAAUCAAAUAUUAUUUAUUUGGAGAUCUUCAAUUAUUUUAUGUAAAUAUCAAUAUUCCAAUCCUUGUCAAUAUUGACCUUCUAAAAUUCAACUUUAAAUAAACAGUUUUAAUGUUUGUACUACACGAUYACCCACUAGAGCCAUAUUUGCUCUCUUUCUAGUAGAGGAAUUCUAUUGAAUUAAARGUUUCAAAUUAAUUUAAGACUUCCAUUGGGCACUAAUGAGAACGCAUGUCUAAUUAAUUUAUUACAUUGUUAAAGGGCUGCAUUGAUGAGUUUGAAACAUGUUUUUAUCCCUUCUGGCUUGUACUCUAUUUCUUUGUGUGUGGUGUACUGGUGAAGAUUUGUCAUCUAGGUCAUGGUAUUUCAAACUCAAUUAUUUAAAGAUGUAUUAAUUUAUUUAUUAAAAUGUAGUCUUUUCUGUAGUUUACUGACUACCCCAAUAAAGAGGGAAAGU